UGUAAAUAAGUAUAUGUUGUACUAAAAAUGUAUGUAGGUGAGUGUGUGAAAAGUUGAUGACGGUUUUGGACACUUUACGUACACAUUAAUACAUACAUAUAUAAUGUAAAUCCUAGAAAUACCUAAUGCUACGCAGACGAACCUUUAGUGAUACAGGAGACUAUACACAUAUGUACAUACAUAUGUCAUAUGUACUUCGAAAGUGUAUGUAAAUUGUCAUUGUCUCCAACCUUGCAUUAAGAAGAGUGCACUCAAGAGGAAAAGGUGUGUAGCAGAAUUGUAAAAAAAUACCAAAUAUUUAGUAAGAAUACUAACGAAUACUACAUCAUAAUAAGAAUUACAUUUUUAGAUCUCAAAAUAUUACUUCAAGGUAUGUAAGUUUCUAUCUACAAAUGUUCACUCAGAUAUUUGCAAAGUCGUCCAAUCUUACUUUUAAUGCUCCACUCUUAAAAAUGAUGUUACUCUUUUGAAUACAAAUUCAAAAUGGAUACCGUUACAGAAGAAAGGCCUUAUGCUUGCCCCCACUGCCCGAAACGUUACCGCCAACCAGGCACGUGGCGUAUACACAUAAAACUGCACAAAGAACCGGCUACUUAUCAGUGCCCAAUUUGUGAAAAGACGUUCAGCGGAGGUUCGACGUUAAAAAGUCACAUCAUGACACAUCGCGGUCAAAAACCACAUUCUUGUCCGGAAUGUGGGCGCACGUUUACACAAAAGGCGAACAUGCAGAAACAUCUCGGCACCCAUUUUAACCUCCGACCGUGGCCUUGUCCCCAGUGUGAGAGGGCAUUCGCGAGAAAAUCUCAUUUCCAACGACAUUUCCAAAGUGUGCACGACAAAAUUCGAAAAUAUCCCUGCUCCUUUUGCAACAUGAAAUUUACAAGCUUGGAUAACAGUAAGAAACACGAAAAAUCCCAGCAUGGUCCACACCACAAAAAGAAGAAAUUAAUAUACCGUUGCUAUUUUUGCAACAUAACUUACGCCUCGUCCGAACAUUUUGAUCGCCAUUCACGUCUCCACACAAAAGAAAAGCCAUACCGAUGUCCAGUAUCCAAUUGCACAAGUGUAUUUUCCGGAAAACCUUCUCGACAAUUCCAUCUUCUCCGAGUUCAUUACAAAACUGAGGAGCUAAAAAAUUUAAUUUCAUUAAACAAAUGCUACUUUUGUCACCAUCCUCACGCAGAGAUGAGCAGAUUAGUCGCCCAUAUGAAGAAACAUACGACCGAGAAACCUUACAAUUGUGGAGAGACGGGUUGUCGCUGGAGUUUUGGGAACCACUCCCAUUGUCUGCGACAUUUACGAACCGUUCAUUCCAUGACGAGGGAAAUGUCCAUUAAAAAGAUGGCGUUGCACACAAAAAUCUUGGACGCGAAAAGACACGAAAUUUCCUCCAUCAGCUGCGACGAAGGCAAAGCAAAUAAGGAAGACGUCGUGGAUACAGAAUUUGGACAAAAUAUCGACAUCAACAUGAACAAAGAUGACCCUAGAAUACCGACCGGGUCGGAAAGAAUCCUACAGCGGAGAUAUAAUUGCGCAUUUUGUGGCUUGAUCUCCCCCACGAAGAGGGAGCACAUCGAUCACAUGAACGCACAACAUGAUUGCAGCAUUCCUUUCAAAAAGAGGCCUGCACCCUCCAGGAGAUACAGGAAAAAGGAGCCAUGCUACUUUUGUCACAAGCCGUUAACUCUCCCCUCCCUCAACUUCCACAUGACGCAACAUACGAAGGAAGUUCAGGAAAAAUGUGAAGGUUGCGGUGCCAAAUUUCGAAACAUGCAAAACCUUCGGUAUCAUUGGCAGAAAAGCUGCACCCAAAUUUCAACAAAAGAACCAAAAAAAUAUCCGUGUAAAUUUUGCCCAAAGAUUUUCUGUGUUUGGAAAAGCUUGGAGGAUGCAAACUGGACGAUUAGCAAAAGAUUAAAAAUCCGAGCAAAGAAACGUGUCAAGAAGAGAAAAAUGCUGAAAAUGUGUUACUUUUGCCAGCGAUGGAUGCCCCUAGGCUGUCUUACUCCUCAUAUGAAAAAAGAAAACAUUUUUGGAGAAAGCAUUCCAAUCAUGAAAGUAGAGAGGCUGUUUCAGAUGGUAAAGGACACAAAUGUGGGAUUUGCUCGGAACGAUUUCCAACCGAGGGGGACAUUUUGCAUCAUAUGGAAGCCACACAUUUUUCCAUACUGGGCAAGCGGAUAAGUAUCAGGGCAAGUUUGAAAGAUUUAAAUGUAGAUCCCGAUAAUGAGAGGAAAUAUGCAUCGAGGAAACGUAAAAAAAGGAAAGAUUAAAAGAUUGUGGAGAAAAAGUAAACGCUGGGUCGGGUGCCAUUAUUUUUACUUACAAUGCGAUGGUGUGAAGUCUAUCCAACACGGGGGGGAUCUAGAUAUCAUAUCUCUGAAGACAGCAUAUGUUCGACCUGAUCGUUCAGCGGCCGACCUAUCCCGAUGGCAACCCGAUGGUCAUGCUUUCGUCACAAAUAUCGUCACACCUUGACGGAAAAGUGAAUUUUACACGGAAAUUCCUUCAGUUCGUUGAAUAAUUCAUAUAUUGUGGUCAUUUUGGAAAAGGUGUCGACCCUUAACUCGUUGGACACCUCGGUAUGUUCCCUUGUAAGAUAAAAUGUGUGAAAAUGUAUCUUUGUAUUUACGAUACGCUCUUUUGCGUGGUAAUAAAUUAUGACGAACAUAUA